AUUAAAUUUGCGACUCAUUUCCCUCCUUCAUCCACACAGAUUUUGCUCUCUGGUCGUUGAGCCGAGGCCCGUCUGAACUUCUACCCUCUGACAGCUGGAGACUGAGGGGCCAUGCGGGUGUUGGUGCUGUUCGCGGUGGCGGUGCUGUCGCUGAGCCCGGCGGCGGUGAGCGGAGCCGAGAAGAAGAAGCUGCAGAUCGGCAUCAAAAAGCGCGUCGACAACUGCCCCAUCAAGUCCCGCAAAGGCGACGUGCUGAACAUGCACUACACCGGCAAGCUGGAGGACGGCACCGAGUUCGACAGCAGCAUUCCCCGCGACAGGCCCUUCACGUUCACCCUGGGCACCGGCCAGGUGAUCAAGGGCUGGGACCAGGGCCUGCUGGGCAUGUGCGAGGGCGAGAAAAGGAAGCUGGUGAUCCCCGCCGAGCUGGGCUACGGGGACCGGGGCGCUCCUCCGAAAAUUCCCGGAGGAGCCACGCUCAUCUUCGAAGUAGAGCUGCUGAGCAUCGAGAGGAGAUCCGAGCUUUGACGAAGAGGAGGCAGCAAGGGAGGCACUUUGAAAACGUUCCAGGAGGUGCUGCACCGUUGAGAGGAGACCGUUUGACCUCUGAUGAAGAAUACGUGGCAGAUUUGAGAGGAGUUGGCAAAGCUGUUGUUGUCCUUUUACCGACUUUGCUUAAUAUGCUCUGACUGAAGUUAAUAUGUGAAACAAGAACCGACUGUGUGUGCUAAACAUUAGGACAACUGACAGGCAGCAGCUAAGUCUAGUAUUUGUCCGGUGGCUGCAGACAGCUUCCACUUCAUCUCAUUUUCGUUUUUAAUUUUCUGUAAUUUCUAAACAGGUUCAGUCAUAUCUGUACAUGUUUUUUUGUUUGUUUUUCACAAAAUAAAUAAAGGUUUUUGAUUUACUAUGAAGUCAGGCGGGGGGUCGAUUAGCAUAAAUGUUUUUGUUCAGUUUAAGUGUUUGAAUUCGGAUAAUAAAAAUGUCGACCUUAAGGGAA